AUUUUUAUGCCGUCCAGUUCGCCACUGCCAUUCGUUCUGAUUUUCUGCGUUUUUAACGAAUUUUCUUUCCAGCUAUAGUCUAGUAAAAUGUAAUAAAUACAAAUAUAUUUAUUUAGUUGCUUAUUAUUAUUUUUUUCCGAACGGUUGAAUCGCUAUUUAUUACCACUAUCGUCCAUCGGUAUUAAUAUUGCGUUUGAUAUCUAUACAAUAUUGUACUGUUAAAAGUUUUGAAUGUCCGGCGACAACAAUCAGAGGUUUCGUCCUCCGUGGGUGAAAGAUGGACUCAACCCGGUGCCGAAGGCUACUGUGCCGUGGAGAACCAAAGAUAAGACUGCAACUGUCGCUUCCACCGGCAUCAAUGACCAACCACCGAUCGCGGCCGCCUCCGACGAAGCAAAACAUUUUAAAUUGAGAAAAGUCGGACCGUCAGAUAGCAGAAAAGUUACCGAAAUAAAAAUUGUGCCCAAAAUCGAUUACCAAGGUCCAUUGCAGAUCAAUAGCAGGGUCGUGCCGGUGGCUGUCACACAAGUUCCGGAAAAGAUAAAAAAAAAGACAUCCGUGACAACCACUAUUGCACCACCGACGUCAAAACCAUCGCCUACCAAGAUGGACCAGAUUCCUGUGACUUCAGCACYAGCACCAUCUUCACCGCCAACCAAAGUGGUUCAAGUUCCUGUGACUUCCACAUCGGUCCCAACACCACCCCCGCCGCCACCAAAACCGCCAUCUGCACCAGUACUGCCUUCACCGCCACCACCACCGGUAAUGCCAUCCCGAGCACCAGGCCCACCACCGCCACCGCCACCUCCUUUGUCAGUGACGGCGAAUUCCAACAGCGGUUUACCACCAAUAUCUAAAAAACCACUGACUCAGGAAAAAAUGAAGAAGUUGGAUUCGUUGCGAAGUCGACCGAGGAGACGUCCAGACUGGUCGGACAUGAUGAAAGAAGUGGAAAGCGGAAGGAAGUUAAAGCACGUCGAGUGCAAUGAUCGCAGUGCUCCGAUCAUACCUAGUACUAAGUCCAAGGGUCAGUUUUUGUACGAAUCUGAAACGAAAGCAGAAGAAACCGAUCACCAUCAGCUGCUAAAAGACAUCCAGCACGGCGUCAAACUUCGUAAAGUAAAGACGAACGACAAGAGCAAACCGUAUAUAGAAGGUCUUAGAAAGUUUAGAAGACAAGAAACGAUUGAUGAAAAAAUACAAAAGUCCGUGUCGAUGGCUGACGUCGUGGCCGCUGCUGCAGAGCCUGACGAACUCGACGACAUUGAUAAAGUGCGAGACGAUUUGCAGUCGGCCAAACAAAUGCUCGCAUUGGAAUUGCGAAGCAAAGAGGCACUGGAACGGGAAAAUAAACGACUUUUGGCCAGAGUUGCGAAUUUACAAGAAGAACUUAAAGACAAACCACUUAAUACCUCUGGACCUAUGAGAUCAGACACAGACCAACAACUCAUCAAUAAACUAAAAGCGGAGGCAUUAGAAGCCGACCACAUCGCCAAAGAUAUGGAGCAGAAGUAUCACGUGACUGCCGAAGAACUGGACAGCACUAGACGGAAACUUGAAAGCGCCUGGCUCAGAAAUCAAAAACUAGAGUUGGAGCUGAAAGCCGCGCUGUCUAGCCGAGUGGUUGCCCAACAGCCGGUCCCCCGACAAAUGUCCAUGAAAAAAUUGUCUGUGAUGCCAUCCGUCGAACACCUAUCCGAGGAAGAAGAGGAAGACGAGGAGGAAGACGACGAUGACAGUUCAGAUGACGGUUCUAGCGACGCGUCGCAGGAGAUCGACGAGGCCAGGAGGACGGCCAGAGAGCUGAAACUAUUGGAAGUUAAAUUGAAAGCCGUACGUGACAAACAGAUUUCCGCACUCAAGGAUCGCCGAAUGUAUAAACAGGAAUUGGCCAAGAAGCAGAAAGAGCUCAAGUCCGAGAAGAAAAAGUACAAAAUUUUGCAGAAAGAAGUGGACAAGAUGGCGAAACUGAUGAGGGACACUGAUGACGAGGAAGAAGACGAAGAAGUACUUGACGAAGAAGAAGAGGAAGAAGAAAGCGAAUCGUCUGAGAGUGAAGAAAGCGACGACGAACCGCAGAGCGAGGGUGAAGCCCCUGCAACGGCCACGCCCGAACAGAAGAAAGAAAACCUAUGUCGCCGAUCCAAGUAUUACGAGGGGCGGUUGACGUCACUUAAAAAAGGAAAUUACUUGCUCAAGGCCAACGUGGAACGACUCCAGGACGACGUCAACAAACAAAAGGAGAUGUCGCUGGUGUUGCAAGAAGACUUGAAUUCGGUGUUAGCUGAACUCGGAUAAAAAAAUAACACUUUGUUCACCUCUGAUGUCGACACACUUGUAUUAUAAUAAUGAUAAUUAUUAUUGACAUUGAUUUUGUGUCGUUAAAUAUAAUAUUAAAACAAUAAUUUAACUAAUGCAAAAACGCACGUUAUAAUGUAUUGUUAUUGUUAUAAUAUUAUAGCGUUAUAUUUUAACCUGGUUUUAUGCUCAUUUUAAAUCGAAAUACACAAUAUAUAUUUCAAUUAACACUAAACAUAAUAAGUAUAUAUAUAUAUGAUAUAAGAUCACAUGAGUAUACACAAAAAGAAAAACGCGAGUAAAGAAGCCACCAAAUAUGAAUUCUUGAUUAAUACUUAUUAUUAUGUUUUGAUGAAAUAAAUAUUAUUUACUAUGA